GGAUUGUGAUAACGACAUCCCGGGAUCGGAAAAAGCGAAAAAAUUAACAUCCCUAACUCACACAUAAUUCAGGAAUGCUCUUUGUUAAUUAAUGCGAGGUCAAGUCAAAGCAAUACAUUUUCUCAAUUUCUGUUCCAAUAACAGUAAUUGUUGAGUAGUAAUAGUUGCAACAUCAUUAUGCGUCCAGUAAAAUUUUCCGAAUCUUCUUUAGUGGUCGCUGCCACGCCCUACUUGCGAGCAUUUUCGUUUUGUACUGUGGUUAUGCCGCCAUAUUUUACUUUACGUUCAUCUCCUACCUACCGGUCAUGGUUAUUACAUCUACUUCGUACAUUUUUUAUACUAUACAUUCUAGUACAAUUUGUUAUAAGCUUUUGGAUAGCACAGGUAAAUAAUGAGGCAAUUAGAAAUUACGUGGACAAGCACUCCACGGAUAGUAUUACUAAAGUUCUUAGUACUGGAAUCACCAUUGCACAAGUAACAGUGCAGGCUGCAAUAUGCAUUCAAACUCUGACCGGAUGUCAACUUUUACGCAACAUAUUCAUUAGUAUUGUGCACUUGGAGUGGGAUGUCCGACAACACUACACGGAUGACUGGCCAUUAAGUGCUUUACGUAGGCGCCUGUGUUUGCGUUCAGGAUUAUGGCUACUAGUUGUCUGCACAAUUGUUCCGUAUCUAUCUUAUCAACUCACAAAUACUACAAUAUCUCCGAUUGAACGAGUAAUCACUGUCUAUUUCGGAACGUUGGUACAGGUUAAAAGUGUUGAGUAUUGUGUCAAUGUGCAAUUGGUACAGGAGCUGUUGCGUUUAGUGCAGCGGCAGUUGCUCCAUUUGAGGCGUGAACUGGUGCGCUGUGAAGAAAUGGAAUCUCGUUGGACCUUAUACGCCGAUCUGCACACGAACCAACAGCUUUUAGCGCGUGUUUGGAAUUUGCUGAAUAAAGUCGAACGAUAUUUUUGCAUUCCAAUGCUAAUGCUCUUUUUCUAUAAUGGAUUCUCUAUAACACAGGCCAUACAUUGGGCUUACAUCAAUUUCGAGCAAGAUGAUUUAAACACACGUUUGUGCCGUAUCAUUUAUACCGUGAUGGUAAUUGUAAUGCUGUUUAUGCCAUGCUAUCAAAGCCAAUGCUGUAUUGAUGAGUACAACCAUUUUGGUACAAUGUUGCACAAACUGAAAACCGUGGGUAUUGAUGAGUCUUUAAGCAUGCGUUUGCAGGAAUAUUCCCUUCAACUAAUGCAUCAGCAAAUGUUAUUCACAUGUGGAGGAUUCUUUGAAAUAAACCUGAAGAAUUUCGGAGCGAUCAUUCUAACGAUUACAACUUACGUUGUUAUACUAAUACAAUUUAAAUUACAAGCGGAGACAGAAAAGAAAACAGAUGGAAGAGUACGCUUCGAAUAA